CAUGGGUGUCAAAGAGAAUGAACUCGGAUUAAUUGCGCUAGCGAAGGAGUCGAUGACGGGAUACUGCUACGUCUCUGAUUUUAGACUCUGCCAUCGCAUCUACCUUAUUUUGACUUGUCAAGAUAGCUUCAAAACUUUAACUGCAUCUAGUUGAUUUCAUCUACAUCAGCUAGUCAUGUCAAAACUAUUCGCCCCGUUGGCUAUAGGGCCUAUCCAGCUCUCUAACCGACUAGCCCUGGCGCCGCUGACAAGGUACCGCGCAGACGAUGAAUGGACACCGACUCCAAUGAUGGAGGAGUAUUACGCCCAGAGAGGCUGCGUACCGGGUACUCUGCUCAUUUCUGAGGGAACUCUGAUCUCGUACCGUACCGCCGGACGUCAUAACGUCCCUGGCAUCUGGAAUGAAGCGCACAUUGCAGGCUGGAAGAAGGUCACGGAUGCCGUGCAUGCCAGGGGCUCGUUCAUCUACUGCCAACUCUGGCACUUGGGUCGCGGUGGCAGAGCUGAAGUCCUCGAAUCCCUCGGGUUACAUCUCGAGUCUUCAAGUGCGAUACCCGUAGCCGACGGCGCUGCUAUCCCUGUAGGAAUGAGCGAAAGCGACAUACAGCAAGUCAUCGAGGACUACGCGACGGCCGCGCGCAACGCUCUCGAAGCCGGCUUCGACGGGGUGGAGAUCCACGGCGCCAAUGGGUAUCUACCCGACCAGUUCCUUCAGGAUACCUGCAACAAGCGAACCGACGGUUGGGGCGGCAGUAUCGAGAAGCAUGCUCGGUUCCAUAUCGACGUGACAAAGGCUGUCGUCAAUGCCGUCGGCGCCGAUAGGACGGCCGUUCGUCUCAGCCCGUACAGUGAUUUUCAGGGCAUGCUCAUGGACGACCCAGACCCGACCUUUGAAUACUUGGUCAAGCAAUUGAAGCCUCUGGGGCUUGCGUAUCUCCAUCUCAUUGAAGCUCGGAUCAGCGGUAAUGAUGACACCGAUUGCGGUGGACAGCGGACGGUGCGCUGGCUGAUCGAGCUCUGGGACAACGCGAGCCCAGUCUUGCUUGCCGGUGGCCUGAAUGCCAGUUCUGCAAAGGCAGCUGUGGACGAAACGUACAAGAAGUACAACGUUGCUGUUGUCUUUGGGCGGUACUUCAUCUCGAAUCCCGAUCUCGUCUUCCGCAUCAAAGAGGGUAUCGAGCUGGACAAGUACGAGCGGACGUACUUCUACACCCCAAAGCUGCCAACCGGAUACAUUGACUAUCCUUUCUGCCAUCAAUUCCAGUUGAGUGCCAGGGUUUGACGCUGCGUCACCAUUCCGGAUAGAGACGGUGGGAUUGAUGGAAAUAUGAACCGGGUAUGUUUGCCUAGAUAUGAACAAAUGUGAAAGUUUUGUAUGAAUUACAUUACGCCAUUAUUCAGAGCUG